AUGGCACUAACUCGCCUCAUUAUUCUGAUAUGUGUUCGUGUUUUUGUUGUGUCUUCGGAUCGCAUUCAAAUUAUUGGUCUUUUUCCAAAACCAGAUCAACUUGAAUCUGAUGUUCUUGAAUCACACAACACUGUUCGGUGGUCAACUCAAGCGAUGGCCAUGUUUCAUACAGCCAUCUUGCUUUCUCAUAAAUAUGGAAUUCGUAUUGGUGGUCAUCCUAUCAACUAUAGUAUUAUCGAAACAAUGACCGAUGUCAAUAGAUUUUCUGCACUUCAUCUGAUAUGUGAGCAUAGCAGCGAUCAUAGAGAGGCAAGCAUUGUAGGCAUUGUGGGACCAGCUACUUCCAACGAUGUUCGAUUUCUAGCUCCAUUCGCCGCUCAAAUUGGUUUACCACUUAUUUCAUAUAGUGCAACCAAUGCUGAUUUUUCCGAUAGUCGACUGUAUCCGACUUUUUAUCGCACUGUACCGUCAGAUAGGUUGCUUGUUGAAGCGAUUGUCGAACUUUUCAAGCAAUUUUCAUGGACAUCAUGUAUACUGAUUUGUGAAAAAAAUGAUUAUGGCUACGGUGGAUUAAAACUAAUGUCUGAACGCUAUAAUACAAGACUAUGGAUUAAAGACCAAUUGACAUUCGAUGUACAUUCAAAUACAUUUAAUGUUGAUUUAAAGCGAACAUUACAAAUGAGUCGAUCACGUAUUGUACUCGUUUGGGCAAAUCAGAACACAUCGACGACAAUCAUUCGACAUGCUCUCCAAGCAAAUCUUCUUGGUGGCUCAUUUGUGUGGGUGACAACCGAUCAGGUCAUAUUGAGUGAAUUUAAUGGAAGUGAUCGUUUGAAAUUGAAAGGUCUUCUCACAGUAAUGCAAACACAUGAUAAUGGUCUUGAAUCAGGUGUUAAUCGAACACUUCUUGACGAUGCUCUUGCUAUCUGGCGCAAUUCGGCAGAUUACGGAAGUAGUUAUCCAGCAAAUUUUACUGACAUUAGUUCAUUUGCUAUGUUUGUCUUUGAUGCUACAUGGACAUUGAUUGAAGCUCUGAACAAAUUAUCGUCAGACGAUAGUCCUACACUUGCCGCCGCACCAUUUUGCUUCAAUAGUUUAUUAACGAACAGUGAUACUUAUUAUAAAAAUCUUGAAGCAAUGUCUUUCUCUGGCGUUUCGGGUAUUGUUCAAUUUGCGAAAAAUAUUUCAAAUGAUCGUAUUGGUUUCACUUCUUAUGUACUUUAUAAUUUGCAAUCAACGAGAAUCACUCCAAGCGAGCCGUAUCGACAUCUCAAAUAUAAACAAGUAAUAAAAUGGUCUGGGACAAGACAGACAUGGAAGAAUUUGACUGAUUCUCCAACGAAUGGUAUCGUUUGGCCUCAGAAUUCCAACGAAGUACCAUGUGAUCAUCUACUAAUUCAAGGUAAAGCAAAUUCAUACAAAGCGAAAUGGUAA